GUCGUGAUUUGUGACGACAAGUUCAGGUGUGCCACGCGCUCAAUGGGAAAGCAGGCUACGAAGCCCUGGCUAGAGACUCUGACUCUAUCCAAGCUUCAUAAGCUGGCAGUCCUUGUCGGAUCACCUUGCUCUGGUACCAAAUCAACACGGUUGGAAGGCAUACGCCAAGCCCUGAAAAACGCGCCGGGCUCUACGCAAAUACCUCAACAUCAUGAGGUCAGCCUCCUCAGUAUUGAUAUGGGCAUCAGGAAUCUUGCCUUUGCCCACAUCAAGGCGCCUCUGAAGCCGGGAAAUGGGAGGUCUACCUAUCCACAGUAUGGAACGCCGGUCCUGGAGGCCUGGCAUCGCAUCUCUGUUUCGCAGUCACCUAGUAUCAAUGACAAGAUGGUGUCUGUGGACCAUGAUCCAACAGGACGACACAAUAGUCAAAUCAAAGCAAAGACAAAGGUCGCAAAAGAAUCAUUUGAGCCAGUGGACUACGCUGGACAUGCCCACAGCCUUGUACAACUCUUAUUACACGACUACAAACCCACCCAGAUUCUCAUUGAGAGGCAAAGGUUCCGUUCUGGCGGUCAAUCUGCCGUCCAGGAGUGGACAAUCAGAGUGGGUGUGUUUGAGGGCAUGAUCUAUGCCGUGCUUCGAACUCUCCUCGAGCAAGGCAAUGUGGAUCUAGAAGUUAACCCCAUGCUGCCACCCCGGGUGAAUCGACUAUGGCUUCAAGGCCGAGCCCCUGCUGACCUCAAGGCUGAAAAGAAACUUUCUGGUAGGGAGACAAAAAAGGCCAAGAUCGAUAUUGUUGGUGCGUUGUUAGAGAGCAGCCGUGACGCAAAGACUACACUCCAGCUCGGUGCCUCCUCCAAGGCAAUUAGUGAAGAGUUUGUCUCUGUCUGGAAGAAGGAGAAGAGUUCAGGGAGUAGGUCGAGUGCUGGGAUUGGAAAGCUCGAUGACUUGGCAGACUGUCUUCUUCAAGGAUUAGCAUGGGUUGAGUGGCAGAACAAUCGGAUGCGGUUAAACGCCUUGGGAGAAAAGGCGUUUGACUUGGGUGUUGACUGAGGUGCGACAAACCGUGCAAUUCUGCAAAUACCACACGCUCAAUGGAAGAUUUGACAUCUGCAAACGCGUUGCGAUGAGACCUGGUGGCUGUCCCAAAAGCCACAAAUGGCGAUAUCAAAUCAUGCUUGCGAGAGGUUGCACUGACUAGGUCAUGCCAACUGCAAGACCCCGACCCGUGGCAUGACAUCGAG